CAAAAGGUCAAAAGGGGGUGAGUGUAAUUUUGCUAAAAGAGAACCAGUGACCGGCCGAAAUGCCCCUGAAACUUCACACAUAAAGUCGCACAGGGGAAAAGACCGUGACAUUUCAUGAUGUCAUGGAAGCCGCUCUCUUUAAAAGAGUCUAAGCAGAGGAAGUGAGCUUCAGAGUUAAAGAGCUGCAGUAUGGAGAUCAAAACAGUCUUAGUUACUCACACUUUGAUGUUGAUCGUAGGAGGCAUAAGAAAAUGUCUGGCAACAAAGUAUCUUACAGUGGCAGAAGGAGAAACGCUGGUAUUGAGAUGCCCUCGAAAAAACUUCAGUGAGAAUGGACACAUGGAGUGGAGAAAUCCACAAGGCCAUCUUUUGUUCUUUAACAAUGAAAAAGCUCUAAGAGACUCAAGGAGCAGCAUUUUUCAUUUAAGCAGCUCUGAAUAUACAUUACACAUGUCUAAAGUUACCUUAAAAGAUGAAGGGCUUUACAGAUGUCUACUGUAUGACAAUAAAGUCAUUUCAAAAAGAUUUAAAGUAAAAGUAUUAGAAAUUCCAAAAAUAGAAAUGGCAGAGUAUAAAGAUAAAACAAUCAUCAAGUGUUCAGCGGCAGCGAAUGGCCACCCACCUGUGCUCUCUUGGCAAAUCAGUGGGGUUGAAAUCGAAGCUCUACCCAAUACCUUGCGGGAGGAAAGAUCCAACAGGUCACUGGCAAUUAGCCUCUUAACAGUCAAAACUCAUAUCAGGAAAGCAACGGUGAUGUGCCUGGCAAAACAUACAGCUCUCCCAAAACAACUGAUAAAUUUCGUCAUUAUUGAAAAUCACUCUGUUACGGCCUCCACGACAAGGUACUCCAGUACUAGAGAUGAGCUAAAACCUGAUGUAAUGGUCACAGCCACUUCUGCUCCUGUCAUUAGCAGUACAGCACAUGUGGAACUGUCAUCAAUUUCAGAAAGUACUGAAGUGCUCCCAACAAGAGACAGCACUACCUCAAACAGCAUACAAGUAGAGGAACAUUCCACAGCAACCAAUAUAAGCUUGACAACACACAACAUAAACUCUUCAAAUUCACCUGAUGAAUUCCUGACCAAAAAUUACACUAACUCACAAGGUUUUGGCAAACAAGAUCGAAAGGAAAGCUCACCACUGCUGAUCCUGCUGGUCACAAGCCUUGUUAUAUGUUUGCUUAUUGUAGUCAUCUUCUUCUUGUUCAGACUGCAAAAGGCACAUUUAGCCUGGAAAAAAGAGAAUGAAGAACCAGACCAGUCUGUGGAAAGCAGCAAAUCAAAAUCCAGUCAUGAAGAAAAGCAGUCCCAGGAAAGGAGAAGACAAGGCUUUUGGAACUCAAAUUUCACAGAAUACAAAUUGGAAGAACCUCCACAGAAUACAGCAACUUCAGUAGCUACAGUGGAUGUGAUCACUGAAACACAAGACAGUUCAACAACAGCAGCUUUUAACAAACUUGACGGAGCUUGUGUCAAGGAGACUGAACUUUAGAGGAAAAUUCAGCAGGUUCUGAAUCCUCAUAAGAGACUGAACUGAUUUUGCAGUUCUGUUAUGAACAAUGGUGCUCACUAAAAGAUGAUGAAUAUAGCUACCAAUUUUUGUAUAUACUGUAUGUACUGUUU